AUGAAUUAUUUUUGCUGUGUCAUUUAUAAAUGUCUUCCUUUCUGUAUGGCAGAAGCUUACAGUAGUAAUCUGCUGCCAGCACGGGCCAUCUAUCCUUCUUCAAGAAAUGUCAUCUAUAUUGGAUUACUUGUCACAGCAAAAUUCUUUCGAGCUUUUGGAUUAUUUUUGUCCUAUGACCUACUCAAAGUGAUUCCUGUCAUACAGUUUCUGUGCAUUAUUAAAAUUGGGAGUGCUGGACCAUUGAUUUUACUGCAGAAACCAUUCUCUUCAGGUAAACAUUUGUCAAAGCAUCAAUGGUUUCGAGUGUUUCGUCAUGCAAUCAUUGGCAGUAUAAUCAGUCUCCUGUGGUUAUUUGGGCUGACGUUAUGUGGACCACUCAGAACAAUUCUUUUAUUUGAACAUAAUGAAGUUGUGGUUAUUGCCUGGGCAGGAGCCUUGUUCUCAAGCAGUGGAUUGGGACCAGCUAAGCUUCGAGGAGCCUUGUUUUUUCUUCUUGGUGCUGUUGCUCUCCUUCUCUUUGACCAUGAUGAUCGUCUUCACCACAUUUCAGAUCAUGAAUCUGAUGACCUUCAUAAUAACUUCAUAACAAGGAUAUUUCAUCAUGCCUUUGACUUAAUUGGAUGGUCAGAUCAUAAGGGAGGUGUUGUAUUGUUAUUUUUGACAUUGUUUCUGCAAACUGGCUUUGAUAAUGCCUCCAAAAAGCUUUCUAUUGACGUCGGUGGGGCAAAACGCCUUCAUUCUUUGUCUACUUUUGUGUCAGGAUUGAUACUCUUACCCUGGGCUUUAUUUUUGUAUAUAUCUAGAGAGAAUGAUGUUGAAUCUAUUUGGUACCUCCUGUUUCCUUUGUUGCUUGUAAUAUUCUUCACAUUGAUUGUUGAUUAUUAUGUCACUGCCAUUGUGAAUAAUCACCUCCAACCUGUACAGACUGCUGCUUAUGGUUCCUAUGCCAUUUUCCUGUCGGCCCUCAUACUUAGUAUCAGUUGGAACCAUCCAUAUAUGGCACGCAUCACCACCAUGAAUAAAUUAACAGAAAUUAUUACAGAGGAUCACAUUCUUUCCGCUGGGGUUCUCUUCAGUUUGUCUGCUUACUUAAUAGCUACUUUUAUCCUGGUGUCACCAAGUCGAGGCUCAAAAGUGAAUUUCAUUGGCUAUUCUCCUGCUGGUCUACCAUUAUAUAGCAUUACAGGAGAAGCUCUUCACAAAACUUCAGUCUCAAUUUUAGGAUUGCUCAAAGGAGGAUUGCGCCACAUCCUUGAAGAAUCAGAUUCCAGAAAAAUAUUUUAUUUUUUAUGCAUUAACAUGACAUUCACUUUUGUUGAAUUGGUUUAUGGUGUCUGGACUAACAGCCUGGGUCUCAUCUCUGAUGGCUUCCACAUGUUGUUUGACUGCUCAGCCUUAGUCAUGGGCUUGUAUGCUGCUGUAAUGACACGGUGGAAAGCAACACGAAUCUUUUCUUUUGGAUUUGAUCGGGUUGAAGUGCUGUCAGGAUUUGUGAAUGGAUUGUUUCUUAUAAUAAUUGCCUUGUUUGUCUUUACGGAAGCCGUGGCUCGAAUGUUUGAACCUCCAGAGAUAAGAACAGAGAGAUUGCUGGCAAUAUCUGUGCUUGGUUUGUUGGUGAAUUUGGUUGGUAUAUUUGUCUUCCAUUCUCAUGGCCAUGGUCAGAAAGAUAACAGUUAUGGCAGUCAUGGUCACUCCCAUUCAGGACCAGGCAGUAGUCACCACCAUUCUUCUCAUGGUCACCAUCAUCAUCAUUUGCAACAUCAACAUUCACAUUUGAACACCAAUAUGCAAGGUGUCUUCCUUCAUGUACUGGCAGACACAAUGGGCAGUGUGGGAGUUAUUGUCAGUUCUAUAUUGAUAGAAAAUUUUGGAUGGAACAUUGCUGACCCCAUUUGUUCUAUAUUUAUUGCUGCUCUCAUCUUGCUCAGUGUCCUGCCUCUUCUCAAGGAAACCUCUUGUAUUUUGUUACAACGAUCCCCUAUGCAUGGAGAUAAACUGAUCAAAGAUUGUCUUGAACGAGUGCUCAAAAUUGAAGGAGUGAUCUCCUACAGAGAACCUCAUUUUUGGAGUCAUACCUCCACAAAAUUAAUGGGGAGUUUACAUGUCCAGGUGGUUCCUGAAGCCAGUGAACAGAAAAUCAUUGCCCAAGUGCUCAGUAUUUUUAAAGAUUUGGGCACACACAGUUUGACAAUUCAGGUCGAGAAAGAAGCUUAUUUCCAUCAUCUUUCUGGAUUGAGUGCUGCAUUUCAUCCAAUGGUACAGCAAUCAAAAACCUUUGGACGAUCAAACAGACAAGAAUAUGGAGACAUGGUGGAGUAA